UUCCAAGAUGGCUGCAAUUCAGGGUCGGAGCAGAGAGAGAGCUAGCGAGCAAAAAUUACCGGUUUUAACCCCGAAAGUCGUGGUUAUUUGAGUCGUAUCGUUGUAAACGGUAACCGUUUACCCUCAGACACCUCACACGGUUCACGUUUCAGCGUUCAGGCGAACGUUUUCCGCCAUGGUCUGCGAGGAGGAAGUGCUAACUCUGCUCACACCGAAGCCAGCUCGGCACUGUUGUUAUGGAGCCGAGUGAAGACCGGAAACGGAGCCGAGAAAUUGACUUGUGUCCGAGAUGGUUUGAUUAGACAGACUUUGGUUUUAAAGCUGAUGUGAGCGCGGAAACGCACUGCUUCACCGUGGAUAAAAGCCGCCGAGGCGUCGCGGAGAUCAGCGGUAGCGCGCAGGCACCGGGUCGCUCAGCCGCCGUUGGGAUCUCUCAUCCCGGUCAUGAGGUCAUUAACGGACUCGCCGAGUCACCGAGGCAGCUGAUGGUCGCGUCAGCCGAGGAAGGCAGACCAACAUCCUCCGCUGCUCAUGUUACGGAGAACCGAGGCGAAAUGGACGGACCGGACCCACAGGAGCACAACUUCGGGAACAGCAACUCAAACCAUUCCCUCCCGACGCAUGAUGAAAGCCACCAGGACCGCGCAGUACCGCGUUCCACUGGUCCAGCCAGUCAGCGCGCCGCGAUCAAGCUCCCGAACGGUCACGUGAGCUGCCUAAACUGCUCAUGUCACGAAUCGGAUGAGGCAGUGCCUAACGGUGAACUGCUGUCAGAUACUGCUGCAUCCUCCUCAGCUGGACUGUCUACCUGCUCCAUCUUGUGUGCCUCCAGACCUCAUUCGGGUCACGUGACCCCACACGACGACGACGAUGAUGAUGCUUUGAGGUCACGUCACAGGUCAUUGUCGUCCAGCUCGGAGGCUGUCGAUAGAACUCGGGAAUCGGAAACGGCUUCCAACGACUGCUUAUCCGAAGAGGAUCCGUGCUCCUCCCCCCGGACUCUCUCGAGCCCCGAGGACGGCGAGUCCGGCCCGGACCCGGCGUUCGUGGACGUGAGCCUGAGCUCGAGGAACACGUACGAAAUCAGCCGGCGCCAGAGCGCCCCGGACAACGUGGCCGACGUAGCCGAGCCAGCCCUGAGACAGAAGAAGCACGGCAUCUCCGAGAUCUUCGGCAGGGGCCUGUUCUCCAGAAAGCAGAAAGAGUCUGCAAGUGUUCCUGGCUGGAAGCUGUUUGGGAAGGUCCCGCCGAGAGAGAGCCCUCCCAAAGACUCCAAAACCAUCCAACAGGAGAGUAACCCAGGCAACCUCACAUCUGUUUCAACUCCCAAUCUGUUAAGCGCUGGGGAAUAUGAAGCUAAGGCUGGCAAAGGAGCCCAUAGCCCAUCCCAGCCUGCUCAAGGGCGACGUAAGAAUCUGGAGUUUGAACCACUGUCCACCACAGCACUCAUAUUAGAAGACCGGCCUGCCAAUCUUCCGGCUAAACCCGAGGAGGAAGCUCAGCGCCACCGGCAGGAAUACGACGAAAUGGUGGCCGAGGCCAAGCGGCGAGAGCUGAAGGAGGCACAGAAGAAGAAGCAGCAGAUGAAGGAGCGCUUCAAGCAGGAGGACAGCAUCGUUAACGCCAUGGUGGUGUGGAACACUGAGGUCCUGCCCAACUGGGACAGCAUGCGCGGCACACGCAGGGUUAAAGACCUGUGGUGGCAGGGUCUUCCACCCAACGUCCGCGGCAAAGUGUGGAGUCUAGCCAUCGGCAACGAGCUCAACAUCACCCCAGAGCUGUACGAGAUCUUUCUCUCCCGGGCUAAGGAGCGUUGGAGGAGCUUCCGAGAGACAGGCAGCGAGGUCGAGGCAGAGGCCGACAGUGGAGCGUCGCUGGCGGACCGGGAAUCCAGCCUGGAUCUGAUCAAGCUCGACAUUUCCCGCACCUUUCCCUCGCUGUUCAUCUUCCAGAAGGGAGGGCCGUACCACGACCUCCUGCACAGCGUGCUCGGGGCGUACACCUGCUACCGGCCUGACGUGGGAUAUGUGCAGGGCAUGUCGUUCAUCGCCGCUGUGUUAAUCCUGAACCUGGAGGAGGCCGACGCCUUCAUCGCCUUCGCUAACCUCCUGAAUAAACCCUGUCAGAUGGCUUUCUUCAGAGUGGACCAUGAACUGAUGCUGAAGUACUUCGCAGUGUUCGAGGUCUUCUUUGAGGAAAAUCUUCCCAGGUUGUUCAGUCACUUCCAAAGCUCCAACCUCACUCCAGACCUCUACCUGAUAGACUGGAUUUUCACGCUGUACAGCAAGUCCCUACCGCUGGACGUGGCGUGCCGUGUGUGGGACGUGUUCUGCAGGGACGGAGAAGAGUUCCUGUUCCGCACGGCUCUGGGGAUCCUGCGCUUGUACGAGGAUGUGCUCCUGCACAUGGACUUCAUCCACAUGGCCCAGUUCCUCACGCGCCUGCCCGAGCACGUCUCCGCUGAGCGCCUCUUCAGCUCCAUCCACAACACGCACAUGACCAGCAGCAACCGCAAAUGGCCCCAGGUCUUCAGUGCACUAAUGAAGGACAAAGAAUCAGACAAAAGUGGCAGCCCUACCCUGAAAAGCUCCUGACGCCUCCACGUGCCGCCUCGGCCUCGCGUCGUCGCGCCGUCUCUUCUUCUGAGGUCGUAAUAACACCUGCAGCGGGAGUGACGGUGAACGGUCGAGGAGUCGGCAUGAAGACCGAAGUAGAACCGGUUUCUCUCUGAGACGAUCUGCAGUAUUACAGACGUGUGGCUAGCGAUUAGAUGUAGGUAUAAAUGUGCGACGGUUUUCUGGAAAGCCUCUUGAAAGGAAACACUCGUGUGUUCUCGUAUAACACACACUCACACACACACUUCCUCCUGAAAAAAAAAAAAAAAAAGAAAAGAGAAAUAUUCCACCACCAGCAGGAUUUGAUUUGCUCAGAAACUGUUUUUUUUUUUCUUUCUUCUCCUCACUGUUCGUCAGCGCAUCGUAACACGCGGACCCAUGCGAACAGCUGUCUCUCCGCGCCGUGUGCUGUCGCUGCUUUCUUCCUCUAACGGUUAAUACGUCGCACUUAAAGCUGUGACGUGAAGUUUGUGAAGGAUGUUCUUAACACUACUCGUAAAGAGCUUCAGGACGAGGCUGUAUGUGAUAAAAGGAGUAUUAAGAUCUCUGUAAUGUGCAAUGAAGGGUUGAGAAGCAGUGAGUAGGAUGCUUUGCAUGCUUGUCGCAGUCUGCUUUUCAGUCCACGGGUUAUGGUUACGGGACGAGGUUUUGUUUUGUUUUUUUGUCGUUGUUUCCGACCCACACGAGCCUGCGACGCUUCAGCUGGGAAAGCGUUUCUCCAAGGAAAAAAAAAUAAUAAAAAAGACCCUAUAUUAUCAAAGCAUAUGCUGUGUGCACAAAUGGAAGUGUCCUGUCCUGUCUAUAUACAUAUUUUCUGUCUGUUUUAAUAUUUGACCAAAUGUAUCUGCUCUGUAACUCCAGUACAUUUUGUUUCUCUGGGGGAAAGGGGGGGGUAUUGAAGGUUUUGAACGUUCUGCGCUACAUCUCGGAUUCCUGAUUUUAAAAAAACGUACGUUGCGUGUUUUAAUCCUGACUUUUUCUUUUCUACUCGCUCCCUGCUAUUGUACAGUUUUCAUACUCGGCCACGAGCAGAAUUGUAAAUAUCCGAUGAAGUCGGACACCACUAAAAGUAGAGCACAUGUAAAUAAACCCGAGAGUGGAAAUGCGA